AUGGCCGGCCCGCAACCUCCCUAUCCUCUUCACGAUUCCGUCAAGGAUCUAUUGGACCCGGAGUAUGUCGCCUUCUACAACGAACAUGUCAUCAACAACCAGCAGGUUCAUUUGCAGCCCGUGGCCUCAUCGCGCACUGGCGGUGUCCUGAUCCCUGGCGCUGGUCCCAUGCUGGAAGUUGGUUCUACCAAGGAUAUCUCUGUGAGACGCCGAGCAACCGAGGGUCCCUCGGUGCCCAUCCGCGUCUUUACCCCGAAAGGCGAUGCCCCCGUUGGCGGGUGGCCGGUGAUGCUCUACUUCCACGGUGGUGGCUGGGUGCUGGGAAAUAUCGACACUGAGAACGUUGUCUGCUCCAACCUCUGCGUUCGCAGCAACUGUGUCGUUGUGACCGUUGAUUACCGUCUCGCCCCGGAAAACCGUUGGCCGGCCGCGGUCCACGACUGCUGGGAAGCCCUACUGUGGCUGGUCCAGGAGGGCCCUGCAACCAUUGGCAUUGACAAGUCCAAACUUGCGACGGGUGGUUCCUCAGCUGGUGGAAACCUUGCAGCCAUCAUGACUCACAAGGCUUUGACGCUCUCGCCGCCCGUUCUUUUUAAGGCUCAGCUGCUCUCCGUCCCGGUGACUGAUAACACCGCCACCGUCAAGAACAACGAGUCCUAUCGUCGCUACGAGCACACCCCAGCCUUGCCUGCUCCCAAGAUGAUCUGGUAUCGCGAUCACUAUCUACCCAACCACGCCGAUCGCACCGACCCGGAGGCCAGCCCGCUCUUCUAUGCCGAUGGAUACGCGCAAUGCCCGCCAGCCUUGGUCAUGGUGGGUGAGCUGGAUGUGUUGCGGACUGAGGGAGAGCAAUAUGCCGAGAAACUGCGGCAAGCCGGCGUCGAGGUUGAUUUGCAGGUCAUGAAGGGCAUGCCGCAUCCUUUCCUGGCUAUGGAUGGUGCUUUGUCGGAGGGUAAGCGAUGCAUCACCCUGAUGUGCGAUGCCCUUCAAAAGGCUUUCUGGAGUUGA